AUGAAGUAUCAAAAUUUAGAAGAUAAGGAAUAUACAAGCAAUGAUAAUAGUAGUAUUACAAGUAGCGAUAAUGAAUCCGAUGAGCACCAAAAAAUAAACGAUGGUGUCGAGUUAGAGGAAAUAAACUUGGGUGACAACGGGAUUGGUGGAAAUAUUGUUAAUAAUGUUUCUUUUAAUUAUAGUACCAAUAAUAACGAUAGUGGUAAUAGUAGUGAUGGCGAUUAUAAUAUUAGUAAUAACAAUAGUAAUAAUAACUAUGAAAAUAUAAAAGUAAUAAACGAACAACAAGAAUUAAAUAACGACCUUCAAGACUAUGGUAGUGAAAAGGAGGAUUUACUUGAUCAAGUUAAAAAAAAGGGUUUUGGGGGAUUAAAAUCACCAGAAGAACAUGCUAAUAUAUUUUCAAAAUUAACUUAUUUGUGGGCAGACAAAUUUGUAUACUAUUGUUUUAAAAAUGUUUUGCAACUUGAUGAUAUUUGGGAUUUGGCUAGUUUUGAUACAUCUCAUUAUUUAUAUAAAACUAUGGAGAAAAAUUGGAAUGAACAAUUAGCAUCUGGUAAAAAACCAUCUUUCUUUAAAGCAUCUUGGAAAUCAUUUGGUAAGUAUUUUAUGUUAAGUUGGGUUUUCUAUGGGUUAAAUGUAAUUUCUCAAUUUAUCGGACCCCAGAUUUUACAAAGAAUAGUAAAAUAUGUUCAAGGAACAACAGAUUUAGGUGAAAAUUGGGGUUAUUAUUACUCGAUUAUAUUAUUUACCAAUGCGAUGAUUGGCUCAGUAUUUUUAUAUCAAUCAAGUAUGAUUUCUGCAAGAACUGGUAAUAGGUUAAAAUCGAUUAUGGUUUUGUUUGUUUAUAAAAAAUCAUUAAAAUUAUCAAAUUCAUCUAGAAAUAAAAAAAGCAAUGGUGAAAUUGUAAAUUUGAUGAGUAAUGAUGCACAGAGAUUAUUAGAAAUUUUUCAAUUUGUAAAUAUUGCACUUUUCGCAUUACCAAUGAUUGGAGUUGCAAUGGUUUUACUCUAUCAGUGCUUAGGAUGGCCAUCAUUCAUUACAUUAGCAGUAAUGGGACUCACCUUACCAUUUAAUUCAUUACAAGGCAGUAAAUUAAGUAAAUUUAGAAGAAAAUUGGUGCAAUUCACAGAUCAGCGUGUCAAGGUUACCAAUGAAAUGUUUCAAGCUAUUAAAACCAUCAAGUUAUAUUCUUGGGAAGAUUCAUUUUUAAAAAGGGUCUUGGAAAAGAGAGAGAAUGAAAUGAAGUUUCUUCAAAGCUUUGUACGUUUUAGAUAUAGUUUGGUUAUUGUAAUUACCUCUUUACCAACAGUAGUUUCAAUUUUAAUGUUCACUGUUUAUUAUUUGGUUAAUAAAGAGUUACCAGCAGCUAAAAUUUUCGCAGCUGUAGCUUAUUUAAAUAUUUUACGUGUUCCAUUCAAUUUCUUGCCACAUUGCUAUAAUCUAUAUAUUCAAUUUAAAGUUUCUCUAGAUCGUGUUGUAUCAUUCCUUGGUUUAGAAGAAAUUGAACCAAGACAAUCAGAUACAUGUUUGUAUGUUAAUAAAGAUUUGGAAAAUGAAAGUGAUGAAAUUAUCAAAUCAAAACCAAAAGAUCUAUUACCAGAAAAUAAAGAAAAGGGUAUAUUUAUUAGCGGUGGAACAUUCUCUUGGAGUAGUUUGACUCAACAACAACAACAACAGCAACAAGCAGUUUUAUCAAUUAAAGAUGAAUCAAAACAAAGCUUAACUAAAAAUGAUUCAUUAAAUGAGGAAAAUCAAGGUAAGCCAAAAAAGCCAUCAAAAUUUAAAGAUGUUAUCAACAAAAUACCAUUUUUUGCAAAACAUCAAUUUGAUGAUGGUGGUGAAAGAUCAAAAAGUAAAUCUGUUGAUACAAAUUUCAAUUUAAAAGAUAUAUCACUUCAAAUUAAAGGAAAUGGUACACUUUUAAUGGUAAUUGGUGGUGUAGGUAGUGGUAAAUCAUCUAUUUGUCAAGCUGUGUUGGGAGAAAUGGAAAUUUUAAAAGGAUCUCUUUUGGUUAAUGGUUCAAUUGCCUAUGUAAGCCAACAGUCUUGGAUUAUGAAUGCAACUUUACGUGAUAAUAUUUUAUUUGGAAAAGAGUAUGAUGAAAAGAAAUAUCAAAAUGUAUUAGAUGUGUGCGCAUUACGUCCCGAUAUUGCCUUGUUCCCUCAAGGUGAUAUGGUAGAAAUUGGUGAGCGUGGUAUCAAUUUGUCAGGUGGUCAAAAACAAAGAGUGGCUAUUGCACGUUCUGUUUACUGUGACGCAGAUAUUUAUGUUUUGGACGAUGUAUUAAGCGCAGUUGAUGCUCAUGUCGGUAAGCAUCUUUUCCACAAAUGUAUAAGAGGUGCAUUAAAAGAUAAAAUAGUUAUUUUAGCUACCAAUCAAAUUAAUUAUGCACCAUAUUCAACAGAAACCAUAAUUUUAAAACAAGGAGAAAUUGAAGAACGUGGUACAUUCCAACAAUUAAUUGAAAGCAAUAGCGACCCUAGCGAUAAAAGCAAAUUUUCAAACUUAUUAAAACAAUUUUCAGUUAGCGACCAAGAGCAAAAUGAAAAGGAAAUCAAUCAAGAUGAAGAGGUCCAAGAUGAAAAAGUUGAAAUCAAUAACAAUAAAGAUGGGGAUGGAUCAUUAAUUAAAGCGGAAGAGAUUGAAGAAGGUUCAGUAUCAUUUAGACAUUAUCUUUAUUAUUUCACUGUUGGUGGUAAAUAUUUGUUCUUAUGUGCUUUAAUUGGUUUCUUUAUAGAUACAUCAACCCAAACAUUUACAAAUUGGUGGUUAAGCAGUUGGUCAAGUGCUCAUUAUGGCAAAGACUCUUCAUUAACAGGUUCGCAGUUUUUAGGUAUUUUUGUAGGUAUUGGUGUUACCAGUAUUGUAUUAGUAGCCACCCGUAUCGUUUUAUUCUAUGAAUACACACUAGGGGCCAGUAGAGAAAUUCAUUUAAAAUUAUUCAAGUCAAUGAUCAAAGCUCCAAUGUCAUUCUUUGAUACCACACCACUUGGUCGUAUUCUUAAUAGAUUCACCCGUGACACAGAUAUUAUCGAUAUGUUAAUGACCCAAUCAGUUUCACAAUUUUUAAAUUUUUCAACCAAUGUUUUAGCCAUUUUAGUCGUUAUUUCAAUUAUUACACCAAUUCUUUUGGCACCAUUAACUCCAAUUAUCAUUAUAUUUUACUUCCUUCAAUAUUUCUACCGUUCAACAUCUAUUCAAGUACAGCGUUUGGAAUCAGUUUCCCGUUCACCAAUUUUUUCUCAUUUCUCGGAAACAUUAUAUGGUGUUAUUACAUUAAGAGCAUAUAGAAAAGAAAAAGAGAAUGAAUUAUUAAAUCAAAAACUAUUGGACAACAACAACAAGUGUUACUUAACAUUGCAAGCAAUGAAUCAAUGGUUGGGUCUUCGUCUUAAUUUAUUAGGCAAUCUCGUAAUGUUCUUCAGUUGCUUAUUUAUCAUUCUUAAUAAAGAUUCAAUUUCAAUAGCAAGUGUAGGUUUAUCAUUAAGUUAUACCCUCAGUUUAACCACAAAUCUUAAUAAAGCUACAGUUCAAGUUGCAGAUACAGAAACUAAAAUGAAUUCAGUAGAACGUAUUUCACAUUAUACCAAAGUACCAAGCGAAGCACCACAAAUUAUUGAAAACAAUAGACCUCCAUCCCAUUGGCCAAGCAAGGGUUCAAUCGUUUUCAAAAAUGUUUUUAUGAGUUAUCGUGAAGGUUUACCAGCAGUUCUCAAGGGUAUUUCUUUUCAAAUUAACCCAGGUGAAAAAAUUGGAAUAGCAGGCAGAACAGGUAGUGGAAAAAGUAGCACCCUUUUAGCAUUGUUUAGAUUGGUAGAAUUAUCAAGUGGUUCCAUUUUUAUUGAUGAUAUCGAUGUAUCAACAAUUGGUUUAAAAGAUUUACGUCACAAUCUCAGUCUUAUUCCACAAGAUCCAUGGAUGUUUAAUGGCACAUUAAGAGAAAACCUUGAUCCACUUUCAGAAUACUCAGAUCAUGACUUGUGGGAAGUAUUAAAGGAUAUUCAAUUAUACGAUGUUGUUAGAGAAAUGAAUGGUGACAGUGGUUUGGAUAGCAGGGUAAACGAAGGUGGAGAGAAUUGGAGUCAAGGCCAAAGACAAUUAAUAUGUUUAGGUCGUGCUCUACUCAAAAGACCAAGAAUUUUAGUACUCGACGAAGCAACUGCAUCAGUAGAUACUCAUACCGAUCAAUUAAUUCAAAAAUGUAUUCGUGAAAAAUUCCAACAUUGCACAAUUUUAACAAUUGCCCAUCGUAUUAACACAAUUCUUGAUAGUGACCGUAUAAUGAUUUUAGAUUCAGGUACCAUAUCCGAAUUUGACAAACCAUCAAAAUUAAUUCAAAACGAAUCAUCACUAUUAAAUUUCCUCAUUAACGAAACUGGUGAACAUAAUUCAAAACUAUUAAGAUCAAUGAUCAAAUAUUAA